CUUCUUACAGAAAAUGUUUUCUGCUUCUCACCCAAAUUAAUUUAAGCAUGUGGUUGGAGUCGCUGCAUUACCAUCAGAGUUGCAAUUGCAUUAACAGAAAAUUUCUGAAGCCAUUAGCGUUAUUCACUAAAUGGUAAAAAAUAAUUUGCUGAUAACAUUUUUAAAUUGCUUUUAACAUUGUAUCGAAUCAUAAGGGUACAAUCAACUUUGACCAGAAAUUUGGACAGUAAACAGACGUUCUGGCAACUAUGGGAUAUUAGGGAAUAUAAUAAAAGCAACUCUGUGCUAUAGUAUUUAGCAAUAAAGUCCAACUUUUAUCAAUCCCUUAAUACAAAAGAAAUAACGUUGUUUUUCCCUUCUACUAAGUUUACUUUUAGAAGUUGUGUGAUGAAAGUUACAUUUAAUUAUCCAAUAUUAAAAGGAGUGAAAAACGGAUGAGUGAGAGAGUCAACAUUAAUUCAUAAAACAGCUGAUAUCAAAUUGACAAUUCGCACGAAUACAUUGCGAUAGAGUGAAAUAGCACUUAGUCGAAAAUAGUGUACCAGCAAAUGAAUCUGGUAAAAAAUUUCCCAAAACAAAAGCGCGCGAAGGGGAAGAAAUUGCGCGCCAAAUACUACUACUAGUAUAGCAAUUUAUUAAGGUUCAUUAUAAUAGAAAAUAAUAAAGUUUUUUGAAUGGACGCAUAUAACUAAUAAUGUUCGGGAGUAUAGUUAUUGAAAAAUUAAUAGGAUUAAUUUUUAAUUUAAUAAGUACAUUCUAUUCUCACUUGAAUAACUGCGAGUGACAAACAAUACUAACACACACGCUCACAACAUGUGUUUAACUUUCGCAAAGAGUUGGUGUUCGGUUCAUUCUGUGAAUGCUUUUGGAGGGAAAAUUCGUGUCAGUCAGAAUUUGAGCGGGAUAAAGUAAAGACGUGUGGGUUGUUAAUGUGCUACGGAGCAUUGAUAAGAAGACGUGCAUUUUUGUGAAGUUUCAACAAUUAAGACGAUAUUUAAUAUAAAAUAAAACAAAUCUACCAAAAUACAUAAUGUCACAGCCAUCAAUUGCUUCAUUUUUUAAUACGCGUAAGCGAGUGGCGACAGAUGAAGUGGGUACUAUUAAAAGUCGGCGAUUAACAGAUGACAAUGAAUCGGCUGUCCCUUCUGCUACUCUCGGUGCAGCGGGAAUCCCAAAUGAUGAUGACGAUAUCGCCGCCAUCAAAGCAGCUGCAAUGGGUAUUCGGACUCGAUCCGGACGUACGAUUAAGCGUACAGGUAUUCAAUCCUCAGCCGAAAUGCCGCUUAAAAAGCAGUGUAAACAGGAACAGACUAUAUUACAACAACAAAAACUAGUACAAUUUAUCAAAAAGGGACCAAUGUCCCCAAGGAAAAAGGCAACACCAAUUAAUGAAAUGCAAAAGAAGAAUGAAGAAACGCCAAGUGCUAAUACAGCCAUAAAAAUAGCAAAUGCCUUUGCAUCCAAAGACAAUGUAACAAAUGUACUACGAGGACUUAAAACUCCAACUAAACAAAUUAUAAAAGGUUCUGGUGUUACACCACUAAAGCACGAUGACUUGAAGGGUCUCGUACGGAAGGAACUAAAUUUCGAUGAAGUAAAGACGAAAUUAUCGCGUAGUGCCAAACUGCAGGAAUUAAAAGCUUCGCUUUCACGCAUACAAGAUCUUGAAAAGACGCGUAAAGCACAAGAAGACCGUAAUCGUCGUUUACGUGAUGGUCAAAGCGUCUCGCCAUUAAAGAAAACAACACCCCUUGUUCAGCUUAAGGAAUUCGAUACGAUUGAAUUGGAAGUGUUGACUAGUCCAGCAAAAACAUUCAAGACCCCCACUAAAAUACCACCACCAACACCAGAUAAAAAUGAGCUUAUGUCACCACGUCAUACAGAUGUGUCCAAACGCAUCCUCUUCAGCCCCGCAAAACAGGGUUCUCCAGCAAAAGUUGUGGUGACACCUGCUUACCAGCGCUUUAUGAGCCUUGCCGAGUCAAGUAAAGCUGGCCAGUUGCCUUUGCCAUUUAAAUAUCGUAAUCUUAUUGAAGUAUUCAAGGGAGUGGACUCUGUGUGCGCUAUGUUCCACAAUCGCAAGGAAUGCAUUACGUUUAAAAAAUUAAAACCGGCAGUGCAAAGAAUGCUGCGUAAGAAUUUCACGGAAACCCAUUUGGCACAAAUUAAGCAUGUGUAUCCCGAUGCAUUCAUUUUCUCACAAAUGAAAAUGCGCAAUUAUGGUUCCGUAUCAAAGGCGGACUAUUUCCAAUUGGUUAUUUGUCCAAACGUCGACGGCAAGUCGUCGGAAAAAGUAAAGAGUCAUAUCUUAGAGGAAAAUGAUGCUGCCGAUAAUAUUUUGAAUGCGGCUCAAACAUGCGUAAUGAAUCCGCAAGUUAUGACUGAGCGUUUGCAACGUUUUACAAAUACUCUGCUGCAACGUGUUUUAAAUGAGCACGAAAAGUUCUUGCACACACUUGAUCCCCCAAUCCGCAUACCUAAGUCAAAAGUGACUCGUUGGCAUCCAGAUUUUGAAUUAGAAAACUGUCCAGAAAUUGAUUGCGCACAUUUACCGCAGCCACCAAAUAUGGAGAAGUAUUCUUCGGCGCGCGAUAUAUUGUCUACAGCACGUAAUCUUUUCAACUGUGCAACACCAAUGGAGCGAGCUCUAGAACGUUACGAAGCUAAGAUGGAGGCAACACGGGUGGCAGAAGAGAAUGCAAAUAAUUCCUCUAAAGUCACCUCUACAACUGUCACAAAAGAGGGCAUAUGUGAAAGUAAAGAUCGUUUGGCGACACCUAUCAAAUCCGUAGCUGUGGCCACAGUGACAACUGACGCUUCUGAGGCUUGCCAAAUCCCAGCGGUUUCUGGAAAAGAUGUCACAUCUAAUUUAUUGAAAGGUGUUCCUAAAUCUUUGCUGGAGAAAAUACGCGCCAAGCAAGCAGCCAAAGCGCUAGAUGCUAUGACAAGGCGACCCUCACAGGAUCAGGAAGCCACUAUGUACUCACGUCUUCCAGAAUUGGCACGUCAUCUACGUAACGUUUUUAUUACCGAGCGCAAGGGUGUGCUAAUGUUGGAAAUCGUCAUAAAAAAGAUACAAAAUAGUUAUCGUGCGUGUUUGACGGCACAAGAAUUGGAGGCUCAUUUAAAACUUAUGGCCAAAGAGGUGGCUGCAUGGGUAUCAUUUCACGAGGUACGGAAGACAAUGUACCUUAAGAUAGCGCGGGAAAUGGAAUUGAAGAAAGUAAUUGCCAAACUGGAAGAAGUAGCAAAUGAGAAGAGUAAAUAAUUUGAAAUGAAAAUAUAUCUUUUUUAUAUAAUAAAAUUUUGUUAUAUUAUUAAGCAGACCGAAAAUGAUGUAUUGAUAAUUUAUUAAGUUAAAUAUUUAACAUUUUACAAUUACACAAAUUACUGAAAAGUUUUUGUUGACAUAAAUUUAUAAUUCCACAAAGUUAAUUGUCUUAAAAAAUAGUUAAAAUUUCUACACUAAUUUUGUCCCUUGAUGUAUUGUCUUACAAUAAAAAAAUAUACAAUAUGUAUGUAUCUUUAGAUUUAAAUCUGAAAACAAAAAUAAGUUAUAUUUUAUAUGAUAUUCCAAUAUUCAAAUAAGAUCUACUUAUUCUCAUAUUUAACGGAAACUAGGUCAUGUUAACAUUUUAUAGAAACAAUAUCUAAUCACUGAAUAGUUAAUAGUAAGCAUUUAUGUAUUUUUCCCCAAGUGAUACUCAUAUAACCGUUAUUUAUACAUUACAUCGCUUUACUUUUCUUUCAUAAAUCUAAUAUCGAAGUCUGCAUCCGUUAUAAUUUAUAAUUAUGUAAGUGAUUCCAAAUAAAGACUUAUAAUAAAACAUUUCCCAAGUAGUUUUAAAGAAUGCUACUGACUA